CGGAAGUGGGGCAUCAUCUGCUCCUUCAGGAGGAGACGCAUCAUCGUCUGAGCUGUUGUCAACAACGAGGACAGAGGCGAGAAACCCUUCGGCCUGGUCGGGCAGAAAUCCACUCUCCUCCCUGCAAGUGGAGUUCAUAUGAGAAGGACAAAUGAAGUGACCACCAGGAUACAAUGUCAUCUUUCCAGGUGGUGGACUCGUCGCCGGGCAGCAGCGUCAGCAUCAUGGAAACGUCCAACUUUGCCCACGUCAUCUUCCAGAACGUGGGGAAGAGUUUCCUGCCGCAGGCGCCCCUGGAGUGUUGCUACACCCUGACCCCCUACAUUACACCCAACCCCAAAGACUGGGUGGGCAUCUUCAAGGUGGGUUGGAGCACAGCCAGGGAUUACUACACCUUCCUUUGGUCUUCUAUACCUGAAAACUACGAACCAGGAAGUACUGUGCACAGCACUGUGGUGUUUCAAGGGUAUUAUGUCCCUAAAUCUGACGGAGAGUUUUACCAGUUCUGUUACGUCACACACACCGGUGACAUCAGAGGAGCCAGCACGCCCUUCCAGUUCAGGUCAGCCACUCCCACCGAGGAGCUGUUGACCGUUACCGAGGACGACAGCAACUCAGACAUACUGGUCGUCACCACGAAGACGGGUCUGUUAGAGAGAGUGGAGGAGGCACAGCAGGAGCGCAGGGAGCUGCUGAAGGCCAUGCGGCUCCUGCAGGAGGAGAAGCAUCAGCUGCAGGAGGAGCAGAAACGACUGGCCAGGGAGAGGGAGGAGGAGGUGAGGCGGAGGCUGAAGGAGGCCACGGACCGAGUCCGCCAGCUAGAAGAAGACCUGCUGGGAGUCAGCCAGAGAGGCCUGCAAAAGGAAACGGAGCUGGACUGUCUGCGUGAUCGUCUGAAGAAGCUGACGACAGAGAGAGACAGUCUGGAGAGCCAACUUAAGAACGAGAAGGAUGAAAGAGAACUCUACAAGGUCCACCUGCGCAGCACUGAGCUGGAGAACACGAAGCUGAGUGCAGAGCUCCAGAUGUUGAAAGCAGUGGAGCUGAACCGCGAGGUGACCAUUGCCCAGUUCCAGGAGGAGCUAGAAAGGCUCAGAGCCUGUCAUGCCCAGCGGGACAGCUUAGAGAAGGACCUGCUGGCAGAGCUGGCCCGUAUACGCGAGCAGCUCCGUCAGGCCGAGGAGCAGCUGCAGGCGUCCCGGCAGCAGGCCUCCCUGCUGGCCGCGGAGCUCCGUGACUCAGCCAGCGCCCGUGACCACACGAUGACUGAGCUGUACCGCGCCCGCUUGGAGGCCGACAAGCUCCGCGCCAGUUUAGCUGAUGCUCAGGCCGAGUGCCAACGCAUGGAGAGCCAGUUAGACCGCAUGAGGAGCACUGCACAAAAGGAAGUGGUAAGUGGGGAGGUGACACCCAGCAUGAUGGUGGUGUCAGAAGCAGAGGCUGAGCUGCAGAGGGAGGUUGAGGAGCUGAAACUGCGUCUCCACAUGGCUGCUGAACACUACAAGGAGAAGUACCGGGAGUGUCAGCGCCUCCGCAGGCAGGUCGCUAAACUGAACACAACUGAGUCACAGGGGGAGCCAAAAAGAAAUGCAGCGACUGAGACGACACAGGAACCGCUGACCCCUAGUCCAGAAUCACCCACAGCAGGAAACAUAGCUACUGCAGUUCUACAAGGAGCAACUGAGAUAACACUCAUCCAAGAGCUCCUAACCAGGAAACCUACAUCCACUGACACACAGCUCAGUACAGAAACAGAUGACAGGCAGACAGAGCAUAUUCAGAAUGAGUGGUCCCAGGCAGAGGGUGUGGGAGAAUGGAACCGAAAUGAAAACAAAGAAAAGGAGAAGAAAGAAGAGAAGGAGAGCCUGCCGGAGGAGGAGAGCCUGCCGGAGGAGAGCCUGCGGAUGACGAGCUGGGUAGAGGUGGAGAACGAGAGGCAGGGUGCCGAGGUGGAGGGUGCACUGAAGCUAGAGGAAGUGAGGCACGUCGAGGAGGAGCAGGUGCUGCUGGAGGUGGAGGUGGAGGGGAUGAGCAUGAGCAUGGAAGAGGUGGAGAUAGAGCAGACUCGCUCGGUGGAGGAGGAGCUAGCGAUGAUGGAGGAGAAGUGGCGGGAGCAGUGCGCCAUCAACGAGACGCUCAAACAGAGGCUGGCCAAUGAGGAGGAGCGAUUCAGGGUGCAGAUGGCCGAGCGAGCCAGUGAGGUGACGGAGCUGAAACGAAACCUGGCCCAGGCGCUUAGAGACAAGGAGCAGCUACAGGAGGAGCUGCAGCGUUAUGUGUGCAGGCAGAGGGAGCAGGAGGCUGGUGCCCAGGCUGCUGAGGCCAGGCAGCCCAUGGUGCUGCGCUACCCGCUGCCCUACCCCCAGGACCCCUCCCCUCCACCGCUGGUGCCGCAGAGGCCCGCUGAGCUGCAGUUCGGCAAUCCCUACUCCACCGACACCACGAGAGACCGGGCUGAUGUUGCUCUUUCUCCUGAACACAUGUCCCGUCCACCACCGGAGGCCCCGCCCUGCGCCCCUCCCUGUGCACCCCCGAUGACACCUCGAAGCCCUGAAGCCGGGGCACCCGGCUGGGACCGAGAGGUGGUCUGCAUCCAGCCCUGUCGCAGCACGAGCCCCCCCGAGAGCCUGGAGCAUCCACCAGAGGAGCCAGGAACCGUCACUGACGGGGCUCAGCCGUCCUGUGAUCAUCAGUCCAGCAGACGCCGUGAGGCCAGGGGCAGCUUCUGCUUUGACUCCAGUAACGACGUUCACAAGCGCUGCCCGCUGUGCGAGGUGAUCUUCCCCCCCCACUUCGAGCAGCGCAGCUUCGAGCAGCACGUCGAGAGCCACUGGAAGGUCUGCCCCGUCUGCUCCGAGCAGUUCCCGCUCAACUGCCAGCAGCAGCUGUUCGAGCGGCACGUCCUCACGCACUUCGACGGCCACGUGCUCAACUUUGAGCAGAUCGAUUGAAGGAUUUAUGGGGGGGGGGGGAUGUUUACACCUGGAAUCGUGGCACACCGUAUUGGUAAACGUGUGUUUGUCGGCCAUUAGUUCAUUUCGAUUGGGGUUUGGUUAAGAUGUCUUGUUGAGUUACAAUCAUUCACACUUUUUUGGUUCCUGAAGGUUGCAAAUGAAUGUAGUUUACUCCUGAGAGGGAGCGAGAGGUCGUGCUUCAGACGGCUCCUCCACCCAGGGGUGAAAGGAUCAUGAAUAGGUGGGAACAGUUGCUACGAUCUUUUACUUUUUCUAUUAUUUUUUAACGCUCAUCUUUCUGCUUCGAUGGACUAAAGCACCAUUUAAAGAGCAUGUAUUUAUUCUGUGUUAAAAACAAUUCAACGCUACAAAACUAGAAUGAAGAGUCAAUUGUAGCUUUGAAGGGAGGAUUUAAAAAAAAAAACUAAAAAAACUCAAGUAUCUUCAUUUAAGUGGCCCUCUCAAUAUUUCUUUACAGUGAGUAGGAUUCUCUUGUGAUAAAGCAGCCGAGAAAGUGCUUCAUCUUUUCCCUCUGUCGUGGAAAGGCAAGGAAAAGACAGUGAAAUGUUUGUUUUUUAAGUGUAAAUGCAGAGAUCUGAAUAUAUGAUGUCUUUAAGAAGUCAUCUGAGCGAGUAUAUAGUGUAUUAUGAAGGACGGUGGAGAUUUUCUUUUGUUUUUUGACUUGCAAUCUACGAGCUACCGAACGAAUGACCGUGUUUUUUGCAAACAGAGACGUCAGGUGGUUCGAACAGAAACAGCACUAUUGUUUUCAUGUAUCUGCACUAAAUAAGGCUUUAUUCUGAAUGUACUGUACAUAUGAAAGUACGUCGAAGUUGUGGAGCGACUUGUGAAUUACUGUCGUGAAUUACCCCCCCCCCCCCUGUAAACCUCCCCUCAUGUUUUAGUGUUGAAAGAAUGGCGGGCCAAUGAGGUUUUACUUCCCGGCGAUUGCACUUUCUGGUCUCUGGUCGGGCCGAGGGAUACUGUACCAUGUUGAAGGGAAACAGACGGCUGAGAUACACUCUUAUUGUUCAGUACUUCCACGUUUUUGAAGUUCAAACUGUGAAACGUCAUUUUCUUUGUGCGCUGCUCCAUGAGUGAAUGUCGCCGCUUGUCUAUUUUUCCGUCAUUCCAACAGUGUUUUAAUCAGGCUUUAAAAAUUGCACAUGCCCAGUAAUCACAAGGCAAACGUACGUGUGUGUGUGUGUGUGUGUGUCAUGUGUCUGAUGCAGCCAAUUCACGUGUGAGUGUCUGGACGAUGGUUGUAAGUGUGAACUGCAAAGAUCUUUAUGAAUAAAGUAAGCUUGUUUAAAUGCA